AUGGCGUUCCCCUCCACCGCCCUCGUGAUCGUCUACGUGGUCGGCUUCCUCAUCGCGGCCUUCCUCAUCCUGCUCGGCGCCUACGACUCCGAGACGAAGGCCAGCAAGUGGGACAAGCCCUGGGUGCCGGCCGUCACCCGCCGCGACGCCUGCGCCAUGCCCUUCUUCCCCGUCUUCUACCUCCUUCCCGCCAUCCUCUGGCCCCUGGUCGUCGCGUUCGCGGUCCUGGUCCUUAUCGUGAGCGGCCUGUGGAUGACGCUCGGCUCCGCGACGUCGUGCUGCGGCAUACCGCUGCCAGGCAAGAAGGAGGACGAAGGCGCUGGCGGUGGUGGCGGCGAGGAGGCGAGGGACUUGGAGAUGGGUGCUGUUGCGGAUGGCGAGGAUGGAGACGCGCCUGGCGGCGGCGAAGAAGCGGACUCCGAUCGGGAUAGUGUGCGCUCAGCUGUGUCUGCCGGGUCGGAACGCCCGCCUCCAUAUACCUCUGUCGCACCCGAAGAGGAUGGCGACAGAGAGACGGACGGCCUGCUUGGCAAGGGUGCCAAAUAA